AUGCUCACUUUUCAGAAAGCUGCCGUUCUAGGCAGUGCUCUGCUCACGGCAGCCUCGAUUACCCAAGGUGACUUCGUAUGCACAGGCUCUGGCAACAUCACGGAAUACCAUGCACAAAUCAAGAACAUGGGAUGUUGGAUCGACUCCAUGGCUCGCACUUUGAGCGGAAAGUUUUCUAGGUCAUCAACGAACAGUCCGCAGUCUUGUGCAGACAAUUGCGGCAACAUGGGUUACAAAUACUUUGGACUCGAAGAUACAAGCCAGUGCUUCUGCGGUAACAAUAUCAACCCAAUGGCCCAAAAGACUAACGGGAAAGACUGCGACGACACAUGCCCUGGUGAUCCCUCCAAGUCGUGCGGUGGCACUGACUUCAUGAAUCUGUACUCCAUCGAGAAUCCAAACCCGAACGCUCCGCCUCCGACAACGAAACGGCAGCCGGUGUGCAAGACCAAUCCGUUCUGCUCGUUCAAAGCUUGUAAUACUUCACUGUCCAUGGAUGAGCGUAUUGCUGCACUCUUAAAGGAAAUGACGUUGGAGGAGAAGGUCACCAACCUGGUUGAUUCCGCGACAGGCGUCCCCCGUCUUGGCCUGCCGCCAUACGAGUGGUGGAGCGAGGCCUUACAUGGCGUGGCAGACAGCCCGGGUGUGGAAUUCAACAGCCCCAACGGAUCGGACUUCAGCUAUGCUACAAGCUUUCCGAUGCCAAUUUUGAUGGGAGCGGCUUUCGAUGACCCACUGAUAUAUGAUGUCGCCUCCACCAUCGGCAAAGAAGCUCGUGCUUUUGGGAACUACGAACAAUCCGGCUUUGACUUUUGGACGCCCAAUAUCAAUACCUUCCUCGACCCUCGCUGGGGCCGUGGCCUAGAAGUGCCUACAGAGGACUCUUUUCACGCUCAAAGCUACGUCAAGAACUUGAUCCCAGGUCUCCAAGGUGGAUUGGACUCUCCUGAGGUCAAACAAGUCAUCGCAACCUGCAAGCACUAUGCGGUCUAUGAUGUCGAGACAAACAGGAACGGUCAGAAUUACGAUCCCACGCAGCAAGACCUUGGCGAGUAUUAUCUCCAGCCCUUCAAGACAUGUGUCAGGGAUGUGGCAGUCGGCAGCAUUAUGUGCAGCUACAAUGCUGUGGACGGUGUGCCAUCAUGCGCCAACGAAUACCUUCUCCAGACUGUGCUAAGGGAGGACUAUGGUUUCGGUGUCGAGCCGUAUCGAUACAUAACCUCAGACUGUGCCGCCGUCGAGAACAUCUACGAUCCGCACAACUUCACUGACAGCAUGGCUGCCGCUGCUGCCGUUGCCUUGAACGCUGGAACAGACACCAACUGCGGCACCGGCUACUUGAGCCUCAACGUGUCCGUCGCUAAGGGCUGGACCACCGAAGCUCAGAUGGACGUUUCAUUGACCCGCCUUUACAAUGCUUUGUUUACGGUCGGUUACUUUGACGGCCAGCCGGAGUAUGACAGUCUGUCGUUCGCCGACGUCAGCACUGGAUCGGCUCAAGCACUGGCAUACCAGGCAGCCUGGGAAGGCAUGACUUUGCUCAAGAAUGAUGACACCCUGCCACUUAGUAAGAGCAAUAUGCGUGUGGCCAUGAUCGGGCCGUGGACGAACGCUACAACACAGAUGCAAGGCAACUAUGAGGGCAUCGCACCUUACCUUAUCAGCCCGCUUCGUGCUGCCCAAGAGCAAUGGGGCCGUAGCAACGUGCACUACGUGAAUGGAACGGGCAUCAACUCUACCAGCAAGGCUGGCUUUGCUGCUGCAAUCUCCGCCGCAAACGCCGCCGACGUGGUCAUCUACCUCGGCGGCAUCGACACCUCGAUCGAGGCAGAGGGAAUGGACCGCACUUCCAUCGACUGGCCGGGUAACCAGCUUGAUCUAGUGUCAAGGCUGUCGAAUUUGGGCAAGCCAUUGGUCGUGGUUCAGUUUGGAGGUGGUCAAAUUGAUGACUCGCAGCUGUUGAAGAACAAAAACGUCAACUCGCUGGUCUGGGCAGGCUAUCCAGGACAAGAUGGUGGACAUGCCCUCAUCGACACUUUGGUCGGCAAGAAGGCCCCCGCAGGUCGGUUGACGACCACGCAGUAUCCAGCUGAUUACAUCGAUGAAGUUUGUUUGUUCGAUCCUAACCUCCGGCCAAGUGGCUCCUCUCCAGGACGAACCUACAAGUGGUACAACCAGGAUCCUGUCCUACCGUUCGGUUAUGGUCUUCACUAUACCACCUGGAGCAACUUUCAAUGGACUGCCACCCCGAAGAAGUCUUACGAAAUCAGCAGUCUUGUUAGCGAAGGCGCGAAUGAUGCUUCUCCCUUCACCACGGUCAAGACUUCGCUGGAGAACACAGGUGACAUGGCGUCUGACUAUGUCGGUCUGCUGUUCGUCUCAACCGCGAAUGCUGGUCCAGAGCCAUAUCCAAACAAAGCUCUCGUGUCUUACACCAGAGCUCAUGACAUCGCUCCUGGCUCGUCACAGACGUUGUCCAUGGAUGUCAACCUGGGAGCCCUCGCUAGGGCCAACAAACAGGGUGACCUGGUCAUCUACCCCGGUGACUACGAAUUCAUGCUCGACAUUGAUUCAAAGUUGCACUUCAAGACGUGCUUGACGGGGGAUGCUGUGGUGCUGGAGACGUUGCCGAGACAGGCCGCUUCGUACAACUUCACGACUGAAGUUCAUCCAACAAAUGGCAAUGGGCCGGAGACUUGUUUGUGA